AUGAAGAUGAUAUCUAAUAAGGCCAACAUUUCUUGCGAGCCAUUCACUUUGUGGAUCGCUAAUGCUCAUUUAUUCCGAACCCAGUCUACAGUGUUACUUGUAGCUCUCGUCUUAUUGAUCCUUCCAACAGCUAUCCUCAACGCAAUCACACUCUACGUGAUAUGGAAGCGCCCUCUUUUACAAAGAACAUCGAAUCUCUUCUUGUGCAGUCUUGCUCUUUCGGACCUCUCGAUUCCUGUCCUUGUCAUGCCUCUAGUAAUAGCAUGGAUAAUUGGAAACAUAAGUGGUUCAAGCAAGGAUGAUGUAUUUUGCGAAGUGGCCACUUUCGUUGGAGUUCUAGGAAGCAUUUUUGGAUCCCUUUCGUUUCUUACUAUAACAGCCGCUACAGUUGAUCGAUACCUUGCUCUGUACCUACGUCUAAGAUACACUGCUGUGGUAACUAAGAAACGAGUCAUUUAUUCCUGUAUUGGAUUGUGGAUAGCAUCGAUUGCAUUCGCACAUAUAGUCCUUAUAAAUAUACGUAUAUACAAAGCUGUCAUGUGUUUGUCCUUCACUGGUUGUAUGAUUACAAUACUGUACUGUUAUUACAAGAUGUAUCGCAUACUCAAGCACCACCAUACCCAGAUACAGAUUCAAAUGRCUGGCCAACCAGUUGCAGCUCUUCCAAACAUGAACAAGUACAAAUCAUCAGUCAUGAACCUUGUGUACAUUUUCCUGUUGUAUAUCGUGUUAUAUGUUCCUUUUGUACUUUCAAAUAUAGUGAUAGAAAAUACAAACGAUUUAUACACGAGUAUGAAUGCAAUGAUGCUAGGUACAUUUUUGGUAUAUCUGAACUCUACGCUUAAUCCUAUAUUGCAUUGUUGGCGACAACUAGAGAUUCGCAACGCCAUGAUGRAAACAUUAGGGUUGAAAUCGCGCGUGGCCACCACGUCCGCGUGAAGAUGCCACACGAAAAAAGAAACCAGAAAUGAYAUUUCAUCUCUUUUGAUCGACUUGCACGAACCGGUCACGUUACUCUUCUCUCACGUUUUCUCAUUAGACACCACGUGUAAGCCUGCUAA